CUCACACGCUUUCUCCUGUCACAGGCUGUCUGCACUCCGAUUGGCUGGCGCCUCUGGGAUCAAUUUGAAACUUGGCGGUUAAAGCUCCAGUUGGAACGGGGCGCCAGGGGAGAUCCUGGAAAGGACGUUUAGUUUGAUAGCCCAGCGUUGGGACUGACAGACCAUUAGGCGGUGGCCAAAUCUGAGCGUGAGCAGAGACUGGGAGGGAGGGCUGCACCACCGAGUUCCAAGGUCUUCUACCGCCUGGGGGCCUUUCCACUCCUGCCAGCCUGCGGAGCCCCCUCAGAGCCGGCUUCACUCCGUGCGGACGCCUGCUGAGCUGGUACCAUGAAAGAAGAGGUGAAGGGAAUUCCUGUAAGAGUGGCACUGCGUUGUCGCCCCCUGGUCUCUAAAGAGAUUAGUGAGGGCUGCCAGACGUGCCUUUCCUUUGUGCCCGGAGAGCCUCAGGUGGUAGUUGGUACGGAUAAAUCAUUUACCUACGAUUUUGUGUUUGACCCCUCUACUGAGCAGGAAGAGGUCUUUAAUACAGCAGUAGCUCCACUCAUAAAAGGCAUAUUUAAAGGAUACAAUGCGACUGUCCUGGCCUAUGGACAGACUGGAUCUGGAAAAACCUAUUCAAUGGGAGGUACAUAUACUGCAGAGCAAGAACAUGAAUCAACUAUUGGGGUCAUUCCCAGGGUAAUUCAACUACUCUUCAAAGAAAUUAAUGAAAAGAGUGACUUUGAAUUUACUCUCAAAGUGUCUUACUUGGAGAUAUACAAUGAAGAAAUUUUGGAUCUUCUCUGUCCAUCCCGUGACAAAGCUUCUCAAAUAAAUAUCCGGGAGGAUCCUAAGGAAGGCAUAAAGAUUGUGGGACUCACAGAGAAGACUGUGCUCGUUGCCUCAGACACUGUUUCCUGUCUAGAGCAGGGUAACAAUGCCAGGACUGUGGCCUCCACAGCUAUGAACUCCCAGUCAUCUCGAUCUCAUGCCAUCUUUACGAUCUCCAUAGAACAAAGGAAGAAAAAUGACAAAAACAGCAGUUUUCGUUCCAAGCUGCAUCUUGUAGACCUUGCUGGAUCAGAAAGACAGAAGAAAACCAAGGCUGAAGGGGAUCGUUUGAAAGAAGGUAUUAACAUUAACCGAGGACUUCUGUGCUUGGGAAAUGUAAUCAGUGCUCUUGGAGAUGACAAAAAGGGUAACUUUGUGCCAUACAGAGAUUCUAAACUAACUCGUCUGCUUCAAGAUUCUCUAGGAGGCAAUAGCCAUACUCUUAUGAUAGCCUGUGUGAGUCCUGCUGAUUCCAAUCUAGAGGAAACAUUAAAUACCCUUCGCUAUGCUGACAGAGCAAGAAAAAUCAAGAACAAACCUAUUAUUAAUAUUGAUCCGCAGGCAGCUGAACUUAAUCAUCUUAAGCAACAGGUCCAACAACUGCAGGUCUUGUUGCUACAAGCUCACGGAGGUACCUUGCCUGAAAAUAUAAAUGUGGAACCAUCAGAAAAUCUACAGUCCCUGAUGGAGAAGAAUCAGUCUCUGGUGGAAGAGAAUGAAAAAUUAAGUCGUGGUCUAAGUGAGGCAGCUGGUCAGACAGCCCAGAUGUUAGAGAGGAUCAUUUUGACGGAGCAAGCAAAUGAGAAAAUGAAUGCCAAGCUAGAAGAACUCAGGCAGCAUGCAGCUUGUAAAGUGGAUCUUCAAAAGCUAGUAGAGACACUGGAAGACCAGGAAUUAAAAGAAAACAUAGAGAUAAUUUGCAAUCUACAACAAGUGAUUACUCAGCUAUCUGUAAGCCAAGAUGAAGCUGUUGCUUGCAUGACUGCAACCAUUGAUUCUACAGUGGAAGCAGACGCUCAAGCAGAAACCAGUCCAGAUACCAGCAGGUCUUCUGAUGUUUUCAGUACUCAACAUGCUCUACGUCAAGCUCAGAUGUCCAAGGAGCUGAUUGAAUUGAAUAAAGCACUUGCAUUGAAAGAAGCCCUAGCUAAGAAGAUGACUCAGAAUGAUAGCCAACUACAGCCCAUUCAGUUCCACUACCAGGAUAACAUUAAAAAUCUAGAGUUGGAAGUCCUCAGUCUACAGAGGGAAAAGGAAGAAUUGGUUCUUGAACUUCAAACAACUAAGAAGGAUGUCAAUCAAGCCAAGCUGAGUGAGCGCCGUCGCAAACGUCUCCAAGAGCUGGAGGGUCAAAUAGCUGAUUUGAAAAAGAAACUACAAGAACAGUCCAAACUUCUGAAGCUGAAGGAAUCCACUGAGCAUACUGUCUCCAAGCUGAACCAGGAGAUACGGACAAUGAAACACCAGCGAGUCCAGUUAAUGCGUCAAAUGAAAGAGGAUGCUGAGAAGUUUAGACAGUGGAAACAGCAAAAAGACAAAGAAGUAAUCCAGUUAAAAGAACGGGAUCGUAAGAGGCAAUACGAGCUGCUCAAACUUGAAAGGAACUUCCAGAAACAGUCUAAUGUGCUCAGACGUAAAACUGAGGAGGCAGCAGCUGCCAACAAACGUCUUAAGGAUGCUCUCCAAAAGCAAAAGGAGGUUGCAGAUAAACGGAAAGAGACUCAAAGCCGUGGGAUGGAAGGCACUGCAGCUCGAGUGAAGAAUUGGCUUGGAAAUGAAAUUGAGGUUAUGGUCAGUACUGAGGAAGCCAAGCGGCAUCUGAAUGACCUUCUUGAAGACAGGAAGAUCCUAGCUCAGGAUGUGGCACAACUCAAAGAAAAAAGAGAAUCUGGAGAGAAUCCUCCUCCUAAACUCCGAAGGCGCACAUUCUCACGUGAUGAAAUGCGAGGUUCGGAUACAGAAGCAGAGGAUUACAUUGCAAAGCAGAUUGAAAGCCUAGAGACUGAACUGGAGCUCAGGAGUGCUCAGAUUGCAGACCUACAGCAAAAGCUCCUAGAUGCCGAAAGUGAAGACAGGCGGAAACAACGCUGGGAGAAUAUUGCCACAAUUCUGGAAGCUAAAUGUGCCAUAAAAUAUUUAAUUGGAGAGCUGGUCUCCUCCAAAAUACAGGUGAGCAAACUUGAAAGCAGCCUGAAGCAGAGUAAGGCCAGCUGUGUUGACAUGGAGAAGAUGCUGUUUGAAGAGCAAAAUCACCUUACUGAGAGAGAGAGAGAGUUAAAAGCUGAGCUGGUCAAAGUGAAGCAACAGGAGCAAGAAAAGGUGCUGUACCUUCUCAGUCAGCUGCAACAAUGCCAAAUGUCAGGGAAGCCGCCGAAGGAGACAGUUAGUGAAAAGGAACAGCAGCUGCUGAGCACUCUGAAAUGUCAGGAUGAAGAGCUUAAGAAGAUGCAAGAAAUGUGUGAGCAGAAUCAGCAGCUUCUCCAAGAAAACAAUGCCAUCAAGCAGAAACUGGCCCUCCUCCAAGUAGCCAGCACACAGAAAACCCAUCUUAUGAAAAAUAUCCUUCAGUCUCCAGAUUCUUCCUUUGAAUAUAUUCCACCUAAGCCCAAACCUUGCCGAAUUAAAGAAAAAGGCCCAGAGGAAAUCUUGGAUAUCGAGGAGCUACAGAACUGUUCAGAGCAUUCUGUGACUGAGCAGGAGAAUGAUGGCAGUGAUGAUUGUGCUGAUGAGGAGUGGGUACCACCAAAAUUAGUCAAGGUGUCCAAGAAGAACAACCAAGGGUGUUCCUGCAAAGGCUGGUGUGGCAACAAGCAAUGUGGGUGCAGAAAGCAAAGGUCAGACUGUAACGUGGCCUGCAGCUGUGACCCCGCAAAGUGUCGCAACAGACAGCAGAGCCAGGAUAACUCAGAUGCUAUUGAGCAAACCCAGGAUUCUGAAAACUCCUUCAAACUGGAAGAUCCCACAGAGAUGACCUCAGAACUAACCUUCUUCAACCCUGUCUGUGCAACUCCCAAUAGCAAGAUCCUAAAGAUGUCUGAUGAAGAUCAGGUGCUGCCGAGGAGGCCUACCUUAGUUCCUUCCUCUGACCACCCAGAACUGAAAUGUUCAGAAUCACAAGAAAUUAAGGCCAUGGGGAAGAAAAAGAAGCGAGCUCUAGCUAGCAACACCAGCUUCUUCUCUGGCUGUUCUCCUAUCCAAGAAGAGUCCCACUGAGGUUAUGUCAUCGUCUCUCUCUUCUGUCUGCCAUGGACACACUCUCAGGCUGCAGCUCAGAGGGGAAGGGCACUAAUGACUUGUGUAGUAAUAGGUCUUGCUAUUGAGAGAAGAAAAAACUGUCACUGAAAGGAAGAAGACCUUUGCUGAAUGUUGGCCUUUACUGUCUAAGCCCUCCAACCCCAAACAACUACUUUUCUUCUCCAGAAGGUGCUGAACCAUCUAUUGGAGAGAACCAGCAAACCUUCCUCGUGACUCAUAAGGCACCAGUCCCCAGCAUAGUCUAGCUCUUUCUUUGUGAGAAGUUGAUUGUCUCCUCAUGGAGCUGAAGCCAAGAUGUUCCUCUCUCAUGGUCAUAGCAACUUAAUGGGGGAGCCUCGUGCAGGAUUUAAACCUGGCCCAACUCCCUCACUGCAUCUCAGGAAUGGGACUGGGAGUUUUCCUGCUCCAAUCCAACUCUGGAUUUUAACAGAACCUUCAGCUGUCAUGUUACUGAAGUGAAUGAAACAUUUUUAAAUGUUAAGAAAAUAAAUAAACCUUAGCUGAUCUACUUUCUAAAGGAGAUCCUUCUUUGCUAGAGAAAGAAAUGAAAUCCCAACCUGUUUUCCUCAGGCCCCUGGGAAAACUAUUAAAGAGAUCCAUUACAAUUUC